AGUUUCAACUUGGAACCACACAUUUGAGCUCUUCUGAGCUGCUUUGGCUGGGCAGUGAGGGAGGGAGUGGAAGCGGGAAAAUGACAGUUCCCACAUUCAGGGCCUCAGUUCCUAAGUCUCAUCCAUUGCUCAUUCAUUCCCUUUCCUCUGCUCUACCACUCACAGAUGAAGCUUCAAAGAAGAAGAGGUUGCUCUCUUGUUGUUCUUCAUCAGAACUCAAUCCAGUUCGGCCAGAGCUGUCUUUCUGUGUUGGCACUCAUCUUAUUCCACACCCCAACAAGGUUGAAAAAGGUGGGGAAGAUGCUUUCUUUGUGAGCAGCUACAAUGGGGGAAUUAUUGCUGUUGCUGAUGGUGUCUCUGGUUGGGCUGAGCAGGAUGUGGAUCCUUCAUUGUUCCCUAAAGAAUUGAUGGCCCAUGUUUCAUGUCUUGUGGGAGACGAGGAGCAGGUGAACAACAAUCCUCAGAUUCUGAUAGGAAAAGCUCAUGCUGCUACCUCUUCUACAGGUUCUGCUACGGUAAUUGUUGCCAUGCUGGAGAGGAAUGGGAUUCUGAAAAUUGCCAAUGUCGGGGAUUGUGGACUGAAGGUUAUUCGUGAAGGUAAAAUUAAUUUUUCCACAUCUCCACAAGAACACUAUUUUGAUUGUCCAUACCAACUUAGUUCGGAGGCUGUUAGCCAAACAUACCUUGAUGCGAUGGUCAGCAGUAUUGAGUUGAUGGAAGGAGACACCAUAGUAACGGGCUCAGAUGGACUUUUUGAUAAUGUUUUCGACCAUGAAAUUGUUUCUACAUUGGCCAGAUACAGAAAUGUUGCCGAGGCUGCAAAGGCAUUAGCUAAUUUAGCAAGCAAUCAUUCAUUGGAUUCAAACUUUGAUUCUCCCUACUCCAUGGAGGCUAGAUCAAGGGGUUUUGAGGCUCCUUUAUGGAAGAAAAUUCUUGGAAUGAAGCUAACAGGUGGAAAGCCCGAUGAUAUCACUGUGAUUGUUGGUCAGGUUGUAAGCUUAUGAAGCAUUUUGAUCUUUUUCCAAGAGAGUCAAACUUCAAAGACAAACCUCCCCUUUGCAGGGUAGCUGUGCUAUAAUUUUACUUUGAUUUUUUCAUCCUUUUUAAGAGUCUUAUAACUUUCAUAGAUCCAUAAAAGAUUACAGCAGCAACUGAUUGAAAAAUAUCCUUUCAUAUUUUGUCUACAAAUGUACUGCUUUGGAAAAUGUAAGGGUACCUCCCUUGUGCAUUAAGCAAGACAUUGCUAUAAAAUUCUGGUUACUGUCUGAA